AACAACGUCAAGGGGAAGAUCAACAUGUGCCGAAGGGUUCAAAGGGUGUUGACGUUCCCCAAUGUUUUAUUUAUUCUUUUGGCAAAACGCGUCCCUCUUCCUACUCGAUCUGAUCCGGAACUAUCCGAUCCCGAACAAUGUGUAUGCAGUCCCGCCAGGCAGACAGUCGCAACGCAAACCGAGCCCCUUUCUGUUUUAAUACGCUCAAAGCGCUUCUAAUCCCAAAGAGCAAUCAGCAAAUGACAUCCCGCAAGGAGCGAGGCAACGUGUGUGCUUUAUAAAAAGCUCUUCAGUGCAGCUGCCGAGGAAAGAGAAAACGCCGAACGGAGAUGGAUGCACACAGAGGCCGUGACCUGUGAUCGAUCCGUCGUGCCCACCGGACGGGGAGAAUUGUGUUCUUUUGGCUCCCAAAAAACCUGUUUUGAAUGUUGAAGGGGAUCUUCCGUCGACGAGGAAAGCCGUACGACUUCGGAGAGAAACCGAACUGCAGGACUCCGGGGACUGAGAACUUCGGAGACUCUGGAAACGUAUCCAGGAGAACCUGCUUUCAAGGCAACGUCUCCAUUCAUUUGUCGGUGAACAAAAAGGCACACCGACAAAUGGUCUCCGGCUCUUCUUCCACAGUGAGCGAAAAUGCACCGCCGGCGGUGACAGAUUGCCCGUCCGAAAGGGAUUUAAUCGACUCCGGGGGAUGCCAGUCCUUAUCGGCAGCUGAGCAAACCCUGGUCGGAAGAGGAAAAGGGCAGGGAAGCUCCAGGUGACUUGAAGGUCACCCAAGUGGGAACGGUCACCUGAUUCGGGGACUGGCUUACCUAUGAGACCGGCCGGAGAGAGAAGGGAAGAGGAAGGGGAAGAAUGAGCCCGUGAUAAGCGAAGCAGUGCCGUCCUUCGGCAGAAAAGAGGUCUCUUGCCAAGCGCUGGCACGUUCGCCCGAGUGUCGCCAUUGGGAUGUCCCAACCUCCGCCCGGUAGGAUGCACUCCAAGCGAGCUGGGAUCCGAGCGGCGGUGGUGCUCAUUGGAUUGUUGCACAAGUCCCGAAAGCAAAACAAAGAGAGAAGGAAACAAGAGUUGUUAACCAACACAGAUGCGACCGCUCCGGAGAGACCGUUGUCACCACCAUUUACAGCUCCGCCAAGCAUGAAGUCUGCCGAAUUCUUUGAAAUGCUGGAAAAAAUGCAGGGACCUAAAUCAGAAGAACAAAGAAGUGGAAACCAGAGAAAUAAGGAUGACUACAUACCGUAUCCCAGCAUCGAUGAGAUUUUGGAGAAAGGCAGCCCCUAUCCUUUAAUCAUCUUGCCCCAGUUUGGGGGUUACUGGAUCGAAGACCCCGAGAAUCUCAGCACUCCAACCUCUUCCGACAGCAGCGUCUGCGAAGAAGACGAAGAGCCGCUGAGCCCCAGUACUUUUGGGUACAAACUGGAGUGCAAAGGUGAAGCCAGAGCAUAUAGGAAACACUUCUUGGGAAAGGAUCAUUUGAAUUUUUACUGCACAGCUAGCAGCCUGGGAAAUUUGAUUCUCUCCAUUAAGUGUGAAGAAGCAGACGGGAUUGAAUACCUAAGGAUUAUACUCAGGUCCAAAGUGAAAACCUUACAUGAAAGAAUCCCCUUAGCUGGCCUUAGUAAGCUACCAAGUAUUCCACAGAUUGCAAAGGCCUUCUGUGAUGAUGCGACUGGGCUGAAGUUUAAUCCUGUGCUUUAUCCCAAGGCAUCACAAAUGAUUGUAUCCUAUGACGAGCAUGAAGUCAACAAUACCUUCAAAUUUGGCGUGAUUUAUCAGAAGUUCAGACAGACUCAGGAAGAAGAGCUGUUCGGCAACAACAAGGAAAGUCCGGCAUUCAAAAAUUUCUUGAGUUUGUUGGGAGAGACUGUCACGCUCCAGGACUUCCGAGGCUUCCGGGGCGGCCUGGAUGUCAACCAUGGCCAGACAGGCACGGAGUCUGUGUACACAGUGUUCAGGGACAGAGAGAUUAUGUUCCAUGUCUCCACCAAGCUCCCGUUCACCGAGGGAGAUGCACAGCAGCUUCAGAGGAAGAGGCACAUUGGAAACGACAUUGUGGCCAUUAUCUUUCAAGAGGAAAACACUCCCUUUGUUCCUGACAUGAUCGCCUCCAAUUUUCUCCACGCAUACAUCGUUGUCCAGGUUGAAAACCCCGAAAUGGACAAUGCGUGCUACAAAGUAGCUGUCACCGCACGAGAAGACGUCCCUUCCUUUGGCCCUUCACUGCCAAACCCACCUGUAUUUCAAAAAAAUUCAGAAUUCAGAGAGUUUCUUCUCACCAAGCUGAUCAAUGCAGAAAACGCCUGCUGCAAGUCAGACAAGUUUGCGAAGCUCGAGGAUCGGACACGGGCAGCUCUGUUGGACAACCUCCACGAUGAGCUCCAUGUCCACACGCAACUGAUGCUAGGCUUGGGAUUUGAGGAGGACAAGCUGGAAAACGGAGGCCACGGGGGAUUCUUGGAAUCAUUUAAGAGAGCCAUUCGAGUCCGGAGCCACUCCAUGGAAACCAUGGUUGGAAGCCAGAAGAAACACCAAAGCGGAGGGAUCCCGGGAAGCUUGAGCGGAGGGAUUGCUCACAACAGCGCCGAAAUUACAAAGACCACCUUUUCCCCUCCAGUCGCAGUGGCAACAGCCAAAAAUCAAUCAAGGAGCCCCAUAAAGCGGCGAUCAGGAUUGUUCCCCCGUUUGCACACUGGGUCCGAAAGCCAGUCAGAACCCCGGGCCCGAUGUGACAGUGGCUCAGGUACACCAAAGACCCCGGAUGGAGGACAUUCCUCCCAAGAGAUGAAGUUUGAAGCUUCCUCCAACCCAAGCUCUCCAGAGAUCUGCCCCAACAAAGAGAAGCCGUUCAUUAAACUCAAAGAAAAUGGAAGGGCAAAUAUCUCCCGCUCAUCUUCUAGUACCAGCAGCUUCAGCAGCACAGCCGGAGAGAGUGAAAACAUGGAAGAAUACGAAAGUCUGGGCAGCCAACCUUCCACGGCCUCCUCAUACAAGCAAGACGUCUUUAUCUACAGUCCGUCCCAAAGCAUUGAGAAUCCAGUUCUAGCAUCUGCUUCUACACCAGUGAUCAUGAACAGGAGUCCCACGGAUCUCAAGAGCAGGAAUUCUCCAAGGUCCAAUCUAAAAUUUCGUUUUGAUAAACUUAGCCAUUCAAGUUCUGGGCCAGCACACUAGCUGAAAAGCAAGAUGACGCGGCUGCAAAAGGGCAUUUUUGUUCAGAAUGGUGAGAAAAUGCUUUUAUUCCGACAGCAUCAGCAUCUAAGGAAGCCAUCCACGUUCUCCUAGAGGCAAAGAUAUGGGCAACCCCUGGAAUUGCAGAUGCGCGGGAUGGGUGAAAACCUUUUCCAAACUCAUACUUGUAAGACUGCCAUUUUCUUGCUGCUCGCAGCCUGGUGUAUAUGUCCGCACAUGGGUCUGUAUCACACAUAAUGCGCACAAAGCUGACAUUUCAUGUCGUCUUUGAGGCUGAAAGGGACCCCGAGACACACCGUGGCAUUGUCUCCGCUUGACCAUGAAGGAGCUGUUAACCUCUCUCCUCGACUGGAAGAGAUACCACGGAGUCCAAGUUGGUUGUAAGAUUCCAAUUCACGCUCCCUUCAUUUUGGGUCCAAGGACAUGUGUUUUACAUCCUGUGUACUCGAAUCAGCUUCUUUCUUUGGUAUUUCAACGCUCACUGACCUAUGUGCUCUUAACUGUAGCUUGUUUCUGGAGGAGGCCAUGAGUGCCGUUCCAUUGGUGUUGAGAAACCCUUUGACUUGAGAAACCUAUAUUGGUAACAUAAUACUGUGACGAUUAACCAUCUGAGUUAGCUCUAUAAUGGGCCAGUUUUUAAAAUCCCCUUCAGGUCAUGAGAACCUCAGUAGAGGUGCCCUUCCAUUUCUCACUAAAAUCCCCUUCUGGUAUUGAGAACUUCAGUAGAGGUGCCCUUCCAUCUCUCACUAAAAUCCCCUUCUGGUAUUGAGAACCUCAGUAGAGGUGCCCUUCCAUUUCUCACUAAAAUCCCCUUCAGGUCAUGAGAACCUCAGUAGAGGUGCCCUUUCAUUUCUCACUAAAAUCCCCUUCUGGUAGUGAGAACCUCAGUAGAGGUGCCCUUUCUUUUCUCACUAAAAUCCCCUUCAGGUCAUGAGAACCUCAGUAGAGGUGCCCUUUCUUUUCUCACUAAAAUCCCCUUCUGGUAGUGAGAACCUCAGUAGAGGUGCCCUUUCUUUUCUCACUAAAAUCCCCUUCAGGUCAUGAGAACCUCAGUAGAGGUGCCCUUUCAUUUCUCACUAAAAUCCCCUUCUGGUAGUGAGAACCUCAGUAGAGGUGCCCUUCCAUUUCUCACUAAAAUCCCCUUCUGGUAUUGAGAACCUCAGUAGAGGUGCCCUUUCAUUUCUCACUAAAAUCCCCUUCUGGUAGUGAGAACCUCAGUAGAGGUGCCCUUCCAUCUCUCACUAAAAUCCCCUUCUGGUAUUGAGAACCUCAGUAGAGGUGCCCUUCCAUUUCUCACUAAAAUCCCCUUCAGGUCAUGAGAACCUCAGUAGAGGUGCCCUUUCAUUUCUCACUAAAAUCCCCUUCUGGUAGUGAGAACCUCAGUAGAGGUGCCCUUUCAUUUCUCACUAAAAUCCCCUUCAGGUCAUGAGAACCUCAGUAGAGGUGCCCUUUCUUUUCUCACUAAAAUCCCCUUCUGGUAGUGAGAACCUCAGUAGAGGUGCCCUUUCUUUUCUCACUAAAAUCCCCUUCAGGUCAUGAGAACCUCAGUAGAGGUGCCCUUUCAUUUCUCACUAAAAUCCCCUUCUGGUAGUGAGAACCUCAGUAGAGGUGCCCUUCCAUUUCUCACUAAAAUCCCCUUCUGGUAGUGAGAACCUCAGUAGUGGUGCCCUUCCAUUUCUCAUUCCAAUGUAGCUCUCCCUUCCUCUUCAUUCCUGAUGCCUCUAUUUUCUCUCACUCGCUACCUUUCUUCUCCCAUCCUAAUUGAUGAUGUAGAAUGAAUACUCUGCUAUUUUGGAGAAUUCUUAAGCCUAGGGUUAUGGGCCCAGCACACUUCCGCUGCACAACUCUGCCAUUUUGCAGAAUUUCCCUAACAUCUGGAAUGUCUUGACCAGCUAGAUGAUUUCAUAAGACCAUAGGUAAGGAAAGGAGCCCUCAAAGGCCAUCUAAAUGGUUUCAUAAGACCAUAGUUAAACAAAGAGAUCCUCAAAGGUCAUCUAGAUGAUCUCAUCAGGUCAUCAGAAGACCAUAGAUAAGGAAAGGGAUCCUCAAAGACCAUCUAGAUGAUUUCAUAAGACCAUAGGUAAGGAAAGGGACCCUCAAAGGCCAUCUAGAUGGUUUCAUAAGAUCAUAGUUAAACAAAGAGAUCCUCAAAGGUCAUCUAGAUGAUCUCAUCAGGUCAUCAGAAGACCAUAGAUAAGGAAAGGGAUCCUCAAAGACCAUCUAGAUGAUUUCAUAAGACCAUAGGUAAGGAAAGGGACCCUCAAAGGCCAUCUAGAUGGUUUCAUAAGAUCAUAGUUAAACAAAGAGAUCCUCAAAGGCCAUCUAAACCUGCCCGAUCUCUCCGAUCAUCUGGGGAGGCCCUCCUUACGCCACUGCCUAUAUCCCAGGCCCGCCUUGUGGGUACUAGGGAGAGGGCCUUUUCUGCUGUGGCCCCUCGACUAUGGAAUUCACUGCCCACUGAGAUUAGGCAAGCUCCCACUCUAUUAGCUUUUAAAAAAGAUUUAAAAACAUGGCUAUUCUGCUGCGCUUUUGGAGAGUAACUGUUAUUUAUUCCUUUUCUUGCUCCUCUCCAACAUCGUUCCUCUAGACGGUUCCACUUUCGUAUGUCCCUGCUCCCCGUGGUCUCCAUUCCCUUUAUCUUUCUCACCUGAGUUUUUUUUUAUCUUUGUACUCAUACGGCCGGCCCUGUUUUUACUGUUUCUUUGAUUUGCGUUGUAGUGUAUAUUGUAUAUUAUUACUUAUUGUAUUGUUUAAUUGCUCUAUGUUAUGUUGUAUUUAUACUUGUUACAUUGUUUGCUCUGGGCAUGGUAAGCAAAGAGACCUCCAAAGACCAGGUAGACUUAGGUCAACCCUAAGUCUAAAGCUUAGGACAGAGGCCUAAGGAGGGCCUUAGUUUGGGGACCCCUGAUCUAGAUGAUCUCAUAAGACCAUAGGUAAACAAAGAGACCCCCAAAGGCCAUCAAGACAAUCUCAUAAGGCCAUAGGUAAGCAAAUACCUCCAAAGACCAGGUAGACUUAGGUUAACCCUAAGUCUAAAGUUUAGGACAGGGGCCAGGUCAAUGACCUUGGACGGCUGCAUCCGGCCCAGGGGCCUUAGUUUGGGGACCCCUGGUUUAAGCGAUUGUCCCCCUGAAUUGGCAUUGGCAUGUUUCCCUCUCCUUUGAAGGACUAAUUCAUAGGUCGUAUUAAAAUCCCUUUAUACAUCAUGUUGACUUAUACAUGUGUACAUAUGGUAAACUUCUUUAUAUUAGCGUUCAUAAUAGGUUUUUUGUGUCCUUGUAUUAUUAUUUUUUUACUUUGUUGACCAGAAAGAAAAGUGAAGCAUGGACUUUUCCUCGUUUUAGGUCUUCACAAAAAUAGCAUAAUAUUAACAAGUCUAUCCUAUAAAGGAAAACACGGAAUUUUGAAGGAAGCGAAAGGAGUCUCGCACAAAGCCUUGUUUAAUUCAGCCGAGUAGGAAAGCCUUCCCAUUGGCCAUGCUCCUAAUGUAAAAUAAACAAAGAUAUUAAAAUAGGGACUUGUGUAUAAAAGUCUUUGCAAAACGUCUGACAAGCGGAAAUACGUUUAUUUUUUGUGUAUUGGAAACCAAUGCUUUGUAGCCAAUUGCUGAUAUACGUACGUUGUAAAUAAUGUAUAUUUAAUUUAUUGCGAUAGUAGAAUCUUGUAUUUGUUAUUGUAAAAAAAACUAAAUUCUAAAGAGGGGGUCAGAAAUGUAUAUUUUGUUGCUUCAAUGUGUCUUUGCAAAAUUCACAAUGGAAAAAAAAUAUUUUGUGUC